CGCACCCCGGCUUCUUGGCUGUGAGGGCGCGGUUCUGAGGGAGUGAGGUUUGGUUUGCUGCUCACGCAACCGCCUUAGUUUCCCUCCGCCGACCGGCUUGUGGGGUUCUCGAGCCACUUGCCCGGCAGCCUAGCGCGAUGAGGCGGGCAGUACUGCGGCUUUGUGCCUUGAGCAAGGGGGUGCUUACUCCUCGCAGAGGACUUACUCAAGGAUCCCAGGACCCCAGGAAACAGAGAAUCUUAAACAUGCGUGAAGCAUGUCCACCUAUACAUGUGAAUCAUGUUCGCGAUAAAUUGCGGGAGAUAGUAGGAGCCUCUACAAACUGGAGAGACCAUGUGAAAGCAAUGGAAGAAAGAAAAUUACUUCAUAGUUUUUUGGCUCCGUCACAGAAAGCACUGUCACCCAGGAGAAUGAAGGACAGUUAUAUCGAAGUUCUCUUGCCUUUGGGCAGUGAGCCUGAAUUACGAGAGAAUUAUUUGACUGUUCAAAACACAGUAAGAUUUGGCAGGAUUCUUGAGGAUCUUGACAGCUUAGGAGUUCUUAUUUGCUACAUGCACACCAAAAUUAAUUCAACUAAGACAUCUCCUUUAUCGAUAGUUACAGCCCUAGUGGACAAGAUUGAUAUGUGUAAGAAAAGCUUAAGCCCAGAACAGGACAUUAAGUUCAGUGGCCAUGUUAGCUGGGUUGGAAAGACAUCCAUGGAAGUGAAGAUGCAGAUGUUCCAGUUUUAUGGUGAUGAAUUUUGUCCUGUUUUGGAAGCAACGUUUGUAAUGGUGGCUCGUGAUUCUGAAAAUAAAGGGCCGGCAUUCGUAAAUCCACUCAUCCCUGAAAGCCCAGAGGAAGAAGAGCUCCUUAAAGAAGGAGAAUUGAACAAGGGGAAAAGAAUUGCCUUCAGCACUGCAUCAUUACUGAAAAUGGCUCCUAGCGCUGAGGAGAAGACCACUAUACAUGAGAUGUUUCUCAGCACACUGGAUCCAAAGACUAUAAGUUUUCAGAGUCGAAUUUUGCCCCCUAAUGCAGUGUGGAUGGAGAAUUCAAAACUGAAGAGCUUGGAAAUUUGCCACCCUCAGGAGCGGAACGUUUUCAAUCGGAUCUUUGGUGGUUUCCUUAUGAGGAGAGCAUAUGAACUUGCAUGGGCUACUGCUUGUAGCUUCAGUGGUUCCCGAGCAUUUGUGGUAGCAGUUGAUGACAUCAUGUUUGAGAAACCUGUUGAAAUUGGCUCAUUGCUUUUUCUUUCUUCGCAGGUAUGCUUUACUCAGAACAAUUACAUUCAAGUCAGAGUACACAGUGAGGUGGCCUCUCUUCAGGAUAAAGAGCAUACGACCACCAAUGUCUUUCAUUUCACGUUCAUGUCGGAAAAAGAAGUGCCCUUGGUUUUCCCCAGAACAUAUGGAGAGUCCAUGUUGUACUUAGAUGGACAGCGGCAUUUCAACGCCAUGAGUCUCCCAGUGACCUUGAAAAAGGACUGCUUUUAAGGACCCCUAGGAAAACCUCACUUAUUGAAAACCAGCAUUCCACCUGCAGUGACGUAGUGCCUGAUGAAGGCCUGAUCAAGUGUAUUGAUUUUAGUUUGCUUCCCAUCCUCCAUUGAGAAGGAGAAUGUAUUUAGCUUUUGGGGUGAUCAGAAAAGCAGAACGACAAUGUGGCUGGUUGGGGCUGAGGGGAAAAAGAAUUAUUAAAUAAUAAAUACAUUUUAAAAACAGUUUUAAUUGUGAAACUA